AUGCCAGCCCCAGCUUCCUCAGUGGGUUUCUCCAAUCUACUGAACCCUCAAGAAGCAAUCGACCACCAGUCGCAACCACAAUCACCACUUCACGGCGACUCGGAUUCUACCAUGGCUUCUUCAGUCAGCCUAUUGCCACCUCUCAUGAAGGGUACGCGCCCUGCUGCCGAGGAGGUUCGCCAGGAUUUGCCUCGUCCCUACAAGUGUCCUCUCUGUGAUCGGGCUUUCCACCGUUUGGAGCACCAGACUCGUCACAUUCGGACGCACACCGGUGAAAAGCCUCAUGCCUGCCAGUUUCCCGGAUGCACAAAGCGAUUCAGCCGUUCCGACGAAUUGACUCGUCACUCGCGCAUUCACAACAACCCCAACUCGCGUCGCAGUAACAAGGCUCAACAUUUGGCUGCCGCUUCCGCCGCUGCUGCCGGUCAAGAUGUCUCCAUGGGUAACCCCAGUAACAUGAUGCCUCCUCCCAGCAAGCCCAUUACUCGUUCUGCGCCGGUCUCGCAGGUCGGGUCUCCCGACGUUUCCCCCCCUCACUCCUUCUCCAACUACGCCAAUCACAUGCGCUCCAACCUGGGCCCAUAUUCGCGCACCUCCGACCGCGCCUCGUCAGGGAUGGACAUCAAUUUGCUCGCGACAGCAGCUUCGCAGGUCGAGCGGGAUGAUCACAUGGGAUACCACGGAUCACGACACCAUAUCUUUGGAUCGCGUCAGCACAACAGCCGUGGUCUUCCCUCGCUCUCCGCCUAUGCCAUCUCUCAAAACAUGACCCGCUCCCACUCCAACGAGGAUGAUGAUGCCUAUGGCCAACAUCGUGUCAAGCGCUCUCGUCCCAACUCGCCCAACUCUACUGCUCCUUCCUCUCCUACUUUCUCACAUGACUCUCUUUCCCCAACUCCCGACCACACUCCUCUGGCUACUCCCGCACACUCCCCUCGUCUGCGCCCAUUGGGUGCUAAUGAGUUGCAUCUGCCUUCUAUCCGCCACCUUUCUCUCCAGCACACUCCUGCUUUGGCCCCCAUGGAGCCAUCACCGGAAGGUCCCAAUUACUACAGCCCCGGUACAGGCCACAUGGGUCCGAGUAUCACCGACAUCAUGUCCAAACCCGACGGUACACAACGCAAGUUGCCUGUGCCUCAGGUGCCAAAGGUUGCAGUUCAAGACAUGUUGAACCCCGCGACUGGAUUCUCGUCCAUGAGCUCGUCUACCAACAAUUCAGUUGCUGGCGGUGACUUGGCAGACCGUUAUUAA